UGACAAGCGUGUUUCAUAUAAAUAUUAGACCAAACGCUUCCAGAGGUAUCAUUACAUCGCUAGCUUCGAUUUAGUGCAGACCUGCAAAAACCACUAAGAUGGCUUUUAAGAUUGUUGUUCUGUUUGCCACCCUGGCUUGCGCCAGCGCCGGUUACGUCGAACCGGAACAUCAUCAGCUGUCUUAUGCGGCAGCGCCCGUCGCACACUACUCGUCUGCUCCGGCUGUGAGCUACAGCUCGAUCACCCGUCAGGAUACGCCGAAGCUGGCCGUCGCCAAGCACGUCGCGUAUGCCGAACCGGCAGUACACUAUGCUGCCCCGCUCACCAAGACGUACGCCGUCCAUGAGCCCGCCCUGAAGACGGUCGUGGCCCAGCCCGCCUACACCAAGACGGUGUACGCUCAGGAACCGGCCCAUGUGUACGCUCAUGCCGCCCCAGUUGUUGCCGCCAAGACCGUGUCCUAUGCUGCCCCGCAGGUCCACUACCAGGCACCGUACACCAAGACCCUGGCCUACGCUCCAGUUACCAAGACUCUCGUCCACGAGCCAACCUACACCAAGCACGUCGUUGCCGAGCCGACCUAUACGAAGACGCUCCUUGCCCAGCCAGCCUACACCAAGUACGUGUCGCAGCCAACAUACACCAAGACGCUGGUCGCUGAGCCCCAGCCACUGUACCAUCACAGCUCGCCGGUUUACGCUCAUGCCGCCCCGGUUGUUGCUGCCAAGACGCUGAGCUACGAACCCGCUGCCCAUGUGUCGCACGUCAGCUACGCCGACAACAGUGCCCAUUACGCCUGGAUUACAGUCCUUGUUGCGUGUCUAGCAUUAGCUAGCGCUGGCUACGUGGAACACUAUCAAGGUGCAACGAGUUUUAGCUCGUUCGACCUGAAAUCAUCCCCCAUCGAGGGCAACAGACUCGUCCACUCGAAAGCAGCAACAUCCUACGGCACUCCGUACGCAGUAAAAGGUUCGACUGAUCACGCAGUAGUUAGCUACGAAACGAAGCCAGUAAUUAGUACGGUUUACGCAGCACCGAUCACGAAGACGCUGACCUACAGCAGUGCACCAAAUCAUCAUCAUCAUCAUUAUGCUGCUCCCGUUCAGGUGCAGGAGUGUGCACAUAAGAUCGUCGCACCAGUUCAAACAUCGGUAACGUACGGUGUACCGACUACAUCAAGUCAUUCGGGACCAUCCGGAUCCGUUUAUCAACCACUCCAUGUUACACUAGCUCAAAAAGCUCCGCAAGGUGCUUAUGGAACGAGUUCCACUGUUGGACAUACCAUAUCCCAUCAUUACUCUGCACCGGCGUCAAGUAGCAUCAUUUACACACCUCCCAAAAUUACUCAAACAAUAUCUUCUGGAGCUUAUGGUGGUUUAAAUCAACAAUCCGUCUCUUAUGGAAGUUACAAAGGACCUAGUCAGCCGGCCCCUAUUAUAGAAACGCUGGUUGAUGUAGCUCCACCAAAGUUGAUCCACGCGCAACCAUCAGUGGCUUAUGGAGUUCCUGCUACGGACUCCAAUUUCCAUCAGGUCUCUCAGAUAACACCUGUUACUAGUCUGCAUACUAUAACACCAGUGAAAACGACAUCCAACUUCAUCAGUACUGGGAAUCAUGCCACAUCGCACCAAUAUAAAGCAGCAACCAUUCCAGUGAAGUCUAGUCCAGCGUACUACAUUGCUCCGGGGCACGCAACUUCCGGCACUUCUGCAUGGAGUGAAGCUUCCAAAAACCAUGGCCAUAGUUUCACCACCACCCAUAGCUACAGUAGCCAAGGUCAAACGAACAACGCUCAGUCUCAGUAUUUACCUCCAAAAACGACACUAAUUGCUCCAAUUGCCGUAACUUCCUUGCACACAUCGUCGAAGGAUACUUCAUCUAGUCCGUCUCGUGAAUACCUUCCACCACGUGAAUAUCUACCACCGCCACAGGACAUUAAAGGUACUACUGCUCAUGUUACUACCGGUAGCAUUGGAUCCAUUUCGUACCAGGCACCGCAGAAGUUGACCGUUAGCCAAGUACUUCCUCAACAACCGGCUUACCACUCCUCGAGCUCCACUAGCUCCACUGCUAACCAAGUGUCUCACGGGUUACCAGAACACAUUCGUUACGGCAUAAUGGCAUUCAAGUUCGUCGUUUUCCUGGCUUCGCUGGCCGUCGCUAGCGCUGGAUACCUGGAGGCUGGCCAUGCCGUCCAGUAUGCCGCCCCGGUGGCACACUACUCGCCGGCAUCGUCCGUGAGCUACAGCACCAUCUCGCAGGCUGCUCCGGCCAAGCUGGCCUAUGCUGCCCCGGUUGCCAAGACUCUGUCGUACGCCGCUCCUCAGGUGUAUGCUGCCCCGCAGGUCUAUGCCGCUCCUCAGGUCUAUGCUGCCCCAGUUGCCAAGACUUAUCUGUCCAGCCCGGCUGUUGGAGCUACCCAUGAGAGCACCAUCCGCUCGCACGACAGCACCAUCUCGCACUACUCCAAGGCCGUCGAUACGCCGUACUCGAGCGUCCGCAAGUCUGACACCCGCAUCACCAACGAGCUCCCCAAGCUGGCCUAUGCUCAGCCCGUCCUGGCCAAGCAGGUUGCCUAUGCUGCCCCAGCUGUCCACACCACCUAUGCUGCCCCGGCUGUCCACACUAGCUACGCUCAUGCUGCCCCAGCUGUGACUUAUGCCCAUGCUGCUCCGGCCGUCCACACCACCUAUGCUGCCCCGGCUGUCCACACCAGCUACUCGCAUGCUGCCCCAGCUGUCCACACCACCUAUGCCGCUCCGGCCGUCCAGACCUAUGCCCAUGCUGCCCCAGCUGUGACCUACGCUCAUCAUGCUGCCCCGGCCGUCCAGACCUAUGCUCAUGCUGCCCCAGCUGUCCACACCACCUAUGCUGCCCCGGCUGUCCACACCAGCUACUCGCAUGCUGCCCCAGCUGUCCACACCACCUACGCCGCUCCGGCCGUCCAGACCUAUGCUGCUCAUGCUGCCCCAGUUGUUGCUACUGCCACCAAGACGCUGACCUACUCGCCAGCUGUCCAGGUUGCGCACACCACCUACGAGGAUGCUCACGCUCACUACGCCUGGUAAAGUGGGUUAAGUUGUUUUUUUGGCGAUGAUGUUUGAUACAAUGAUCCCUUCCCGAUCCUAUUUAUUGAAUUGUUGUUACGAUCUGUUUCCAUUGUUUGGUAUUUAAACAUGCGUUGCCGAGCAUGCUUCGGUGUGCUUUGCGGCGUCAAAAAUAAUACAACAUCAUAAAAAGAA